CGCGGCCCGGGGGCGAUGCCUCAGGACGGCGAGCUGCCCCCGGCCAAGAGACUGAAGCUGGCGCCGCCUCCCCGCAGAGCCAUGCUGCUGGCGCCGCCCGGAGCCAAGCGCCAGCCGCCGGCUCCCAGCGCCGGGGAGACGCAGCGCAGGAGCCUCCCCAUCUUCCAGGCACGGGGGCCGCUGCUCAGCCAGCUCCGGAGCCUGGACAGCGCCAUCCUCAUCGGGGAAACAGGCUCAGGGAAGACGACUCAGAUCCCACAGUACCUCUAUGAAGCAGGAAUCGGCCGCCAAGGCAUCAUUGCGGUGACCCAGCCUCGCAGAGUGGCUGCUAUAUCCUUAGCUACUAGAGUCUCGGAUGAGAAGAAAACAGAGCUGGGAAAACUGGUCGGCUACACGGUGCGCUUUGAAGAUUUCACCUCCGAAGAGACGCGAAUCAAGUUCCUAACGGAUGGGAUGCUUCUCCGCGAAGCCAUUGGCGAUCCCCUGCUGCGCAAAUACAGUGUCGUCAUUCUAGACGAAGCUCAUGAGAGGACAAUACACACAGACGUGCUCUUUGGGGUAGUGAAAGCGGCGCUAAAGAAACGGAAGGAUUUGGGCAAAUUCCCACUCAAAGUGGUGAUCAUGUCAGCUACUAUGGAUGUAGACCAGUUCUCUCAGUACUUCAACAGAGCCCCAGUUCUCUAUCUAGAAGGUCGGCAACAUCCAAUCCAGAUCUUUUACACCAAACAGCCUCAGAGUGAUUACCUCCAAGCAGCACUGGUGUCGGUCUUCCAAAUCCAUCAGGAAGCACCUUCUUCUCAGGACAUCCUGGUGUUCCUAACUGGUCAGGAAGAGAUCGAAGCGAUGACCAAAACCUGCCGAGACAUCGCCAAGCACCUGCCCGAUGGCUGCCCCCAGAUGGUGGUGAUGCCCCUCUAUGCUUCGCUGCCAUACACACAGCAGCUCCGAGUCUUUCAGGCUGCACCCAAGGGCUAUCGCAAAGUGAUCCUUUCAACCAACAUUGCGGAAACCUCCAUCACCAUUGCGGGAAUAAAAUACGUUGUGGACACAGGCAUGGUUAAAGCAAAGAAGUUCAGCCCUGAGAGUGGCCUGGAGGUGUUGGCUGUGCAGCGGGUGUCAAAGGCCCAGGCAUGGCAGCGUACAGGGCGAGCGGGACGAGAGGACAGUGGAAUCUGUUACCGGCUCUACACAGAGGAUGAGUUUGAGAAGUUUGAUAAAAUGACGAUACCUGAGAUACAGAGGUGUAACCUGGCCAGUGUGAUGCUACAGCUCCUGGCUCUGAGAAUUCCCAACAUUCUCACCUUCGACUUUAUGUCCAAGCCAUCCCCAGAUGCCAUCCAGGCAGCCAUUGAGCAACUGGAUCUGCUGGGGGCUGUGGACCGGAAGGAAGAUCAGGUUACUCUGACCCCACUGGGAAGGAAGAUGGCAGCAUUUCCUCUGGAACCCAAAUUCUCUAAAACUAUCCUCAUGUCCCCCAAGUUCCACUGCACGGAGGAGAUCCUGACCAUCGUGUCCCUGCUUUCGGUGGACAGCAUCCUCUACAACCCCCCAUCCCGGCGGGAUGAAGUGCAGUCUGUCCGGAAGAAGUUCAUUUCCAGUGAGGGGGAUCACCUCACCCUGCUCAAUAUAUACAGAGCCUUUAAAAAUGUCAGCGGCAAUAAGGAAUGGUGCAGAGAGAACUUUGUGAACAACAGGAACAUGAUGCUGGUGUUGGAUGUCAGAGCUCAGCUCAGGGACAUUUGCCUAAAGCUAUCAUUACCGAUUGAGUCCUCCCGAUCGGAUACGGGGAAUAUCCGCCGCUGCCUGGCUCACAGCCUCUUUAUGAACACUGCAGAGUUGCAACCAGAUGGCACCUAUGCCACCGUAGACUCCCACCAGCUGGUGGCAAUUCAUCCUUCCUCGGUCCUCUUCCACUGCAAACCAGCCUGCGUAAUGUACAACGAGCUGCUUCACACCAAUAAGUGCUACAUGAGGGACCUGUGUGUAGUGGAUGCAGAUUGGCUGUAUGAUGCUGCCCCCGACUACUUCCGCAGGAAGCUAAGAGCAGCCAAGAACUGACCCACCGUUGGUGCCACCAAGCUAACUGUGGGGGAUUCCUAGGGUCAUGGGAUAAGAUUUUUGUAACGAAUGUACAGGAACAUUAGAGCUUUGCCUUGCCAAUCUGGUAGGACUGUACAGGAAAUGGCUUCUCUGCAAGAGCCAUACCUCAUGCACUCUUGCUGCACUGGCUUAGAACAAUCAUCUUUUAUGACAGUUAAUAGAUAAGAGGGAAAUAUUAUACAUGUAUAUAGUAUAUAUGUGAAUAUAUAUAUGUAUAUAUUUGGGGGUGGGGGGUGAUGGUCUUGGAUUUCAGUUUUUAAAACAGAAGUAUAAUGGGGUUGUGUGUGAAGAAACGAGUCCCAAGGGGACUCUUCUGAGCAGACCUAGUAUUUUUUGACAAUUGUCCUUGUAUCCCUCGCAGGUUUUAUCGGCAAAAAGUUUUAAAUCUUUAUGUAUAAUUAUAUUAACAGGACAAAAAUACCUUUUUUAAAUGUAUAUUUUUCGGAGGGAGGUGCUAAUGUAUUUUACCUCAUCAGACAUCUUUCUGCCUGAUGUCACUUUCACCACCUCGUUUGACCCAUCUGAAAGCCAGUAAAGAGUUAUCUGAAUUGACAGCUCUUCAUCACCUGUGCCUGUUUGUUAGACAAACCUUGCGGGGCUGAUAGAGGUGAAGUCCCAUUAAGAGAGGAUGAUCAGUUAACCCAUGUCAUCUGCUAGCAGAGAGACUGCUAGGCAUCUUUCAAAUGCUUUGUUAGUUUCUCAUUGCUGCAUCACCAGCCCAGCUGUGUCUUUUUAAACAAAAUUUGUCUCCAUCAUCCAGUUGGUUUUCAUGUAGCUGUGUAGCGAACUGGGUGCCAUGCAAGUAAAAUGGUUCCAGGGUUUCCCCUGUAUGGCCACACCAAAGUGCCAGUAUUCCUAUGGAACGCUGGCACUUCACCACAGAAGUCGAUGUCAGCACUGAAGAGGUUAGUUCUUCUAGGCUCGUAGAAGGCCAGUCUCUGAACCUUGUACACACAGUUUUUCUUGCAUACGGAUGCAGAAUCUGAAGUCAGUUGCAAAGCCAAACUAGGGAAAGCAGUGGAUUGGCACUUGGUCCUCCUAAGUCUAUGUUUAUCUGUAGCACUCUGUUGUUCACAGCAGUGAUCUGUGGCUCUUGCCUCGAGAGCUAGUGCUAAAAAUCAUUGUCUCUCAAGCAAGAGAAAUUGUUGUACAUUGCCUGGUGGUGGUGAUCACCUGAUAUUAAUACGUAACGUGCACACAUGCUGCAGCAAUAAGGGAAUGCUGGGCUCACCACCACCACAGAGUUAAAUCUAAGGAAAGGAUCAGCCACUGCAGAGCUCUUAUAGGUAAUAUGUAUUGUUAAAGAAGUUGGCUAACGUUUCCCCAAUGAGUUGGAUGCUUCUGUUAAUUGGCAACAAGCUAUCAUCUGUGACAUCUAAGUUUUGCUUGGGCAGGUGUGGCUAGUUAUAUUUUUCUAGCAAUUUACAACCAUGUAAUCCAUAGAAGAAUCAUAAAAGUGCAGAUGGUAAAACAGAUAUUUACAACUGAGAUGGCGAAAGAAGUUAAGUAUAAAGAUCGCAGGCUCUUUACAUGGCAGACAGUCUAACGAAUUAGCAAAAACUGUUAUCUUCCAUAUUUGCUUUUUAGGAUUCCCACAAAGCACAAAUCUUUAAAGAAAUCUCUGCCUCUUACUUAGAAAUCCAGUCAGACUGUUGAGUUUGGCAGUGGUCUAUAUUGCAUCCCCUCUCUGCAAAUGCCACUUGACUUUAUAGCCAGCUGUCUUCUGAGUACAGUCUUUUCCUCUGCUUUGUUAUUGAGACACAUUAUUAUUAUUCCUCAGUAUGUGUAUGAGGAGUGGAAUUUGGACUGUUAACUUCUGUAUUUUGCCCUCUGAAAUUUUUGUGCCAGUCUUUGCCUGAAGAGAUUUUGUCAUGGCAGCCAAAGGUUUCAAAGCAGAAGCAAAGACUGUUCCAGACUAACCCAGAACUCUGGCAGCAAAGAAAUUGCCCUCCACUAUGCGUGUCUCCCCCCGCCCCCACCUUUGUUCAUCCUUCCUUCUUGGCCAGGUUAAAACUUCCAAGUUCACUGCUUGGAGAUAGCAGAUCACUGUAAGUCUUAUCCUUUGCAAUAGCUCAUCAAGUUAUUUUGUGGCAAACUUCCCAGGGGAAAAAAAAAUAUGAAGAUGUAAUUUGGAGUCAGACUUCCUUCAAAAGCUCUUUAACCAUCAGAUAUUUAUUUCCCCCAUUACAUUUUACACCAGUAUUUUUCUGCCUUUCUUGAUUAUUUUUGUCCUUCAUUAGACAUUUGUAGCAUGGCAACAUGGACUAGGAAUGCUACACCUGUCUUCGGCAUUUGGGGCUUCAUCCAGCAUCUAGUGGUCAGAGUCUUCUCUGAAGGAAAAUGCAAUAAGAACCAAUCUUAUUUUUUAAUCCUGUGUUUUAUACAGGGACUAAGGCAGGGUCAGCCAGUCUAACUGCUUGAUUGUCCAAAUAUUACUUGCCCAGUAAUGUUUUGAAUGAGUGGAAUGGACUGUUCUGUUAUGUCUGAAUGAGGAUGCAGAAAAAUUGUAAGAAGUUUUAAAAUUCUAUCCUUAUGAGUACGUCUAAAAUAACUUCUCUGGGAGAGGCAACUUCUAGUUUCAGCAGAAAUCUCUUUGCACAGUUUGAGUUGUUCAGUUUUAGGAUGAGAUAAAUUAAAGCAGAUUAGAUGUCUAAAAGGGGAAGAUGGGAAACUUUUAUUAAUUAUUGUGAUUUGUUAACAUGAGCUGCUCUGGGAUAUCCCAGUUUGACUAAAAUGGUGUUUAGUCCACUCUUGUAUUUUUCAAACAUUGGUUUUAUUUAAAAAAAAAAAAGUUUUAAUGGUGCUGCUCAGGGAUAGAAUCAUAUUGGAAAACCAAUUAUCCUUAUGAACAGAUAAACUGCUGACUUCACUGUGUGAUCUGCAGGGAGAAGUUAUGCUUUCUAUCUUGGAUUUUUUUUCCUGGUUAAAUGCUUCACAAUUACACAGUAUGUAAGGCUACUAUUAUUCUGACUACCUUGGUCCUCAUCCACUGAAAUCUAUGACAAAUACUUCUCUUUAAAACCUGAAUUACACUCUUCAAUAUCUGCAAAUCACAGAUUCCUAAGAGCAGCAUUAGUAUAAAUGGGUGCACUCCAGUUACACAGUACGCCUAGAAUAUCUUCCCUUCUGCUUCCAGGAAUAGUGAAGUGUAUCAAUCUAUUUCCAGACAGAGUGACACUGACUUUGUACAGAGGUCUAGAGGAAAUGUAUAAAUGUAUCCCUUAGUUGUACCUCUCACUGUAUACUUGCUGGUAAGAAACAUGCUGAGGGGCUAGGGGCAAACUUGCCUCCUUUCUGAGUAUGACCAGCUGCAAUUCUGGAUGGCAUUUCAACAGUAUGUUGCUACUUUGGUUGUUAUAACUCAUACAAACUGCAGGGAAUUAUUAAAACACUGUAUAUCAUUAUUCCUGUGUUUAUACAAAAACUCUGCAUCUGUAGGGGAAAGCAGAAGAAAAGCACACUUUGUUUGGACAGCCUAUUAAUAUGUAUGGGGAUUGGGUGUGGGGAGGGGAGAUCCAUUCAGAAGCAACUAAUUUGUACAUUUGACUUUCCCAUAAUAAAGAGAUGGCUAAACUCCAAGUUCAAGAAGCGGUUGUCUUAUGUUCUAUACAUAGCUCAGGCUUUGAAGUGAGGAAGCUAAGUGGCUAUUAAAAGUACCUCAUAGUAUGUUUAGGUACAAUUUCUAAUUUUACAUAGUGAUUUUCUUUUUUGUACUUUUGAUUCUUGUAACAGGAUGUUUUAUUGUAAGCAUAGCUUUGCUGUCAUGACCUAAAGUCCUUUUGUGCAUGUGUUUUCCUGGAGUCUUUUUUUGAGAGCUGGUCACUAGAGAGUAACAUCACUAACUCAUACAGAAGGUCAGCAUGUUAUGGCAGGGUGCAUGUCCCCGGUCAGUCCUUCUUUUAAAAUUAAUAUCAGUAUAUUAGUACUAGGUUAUUUUGACUGUUAAUUCUAUUUUCAAAUACAUUUAAGGGGACUAGUAAAAAUGAAUGAAAAGCUGAAUGCUGUUAUCUUAUAAAGGGUGGGAGAGAGAAUAUUGAGAUAAAGUUUAAUAAAUUUACAAUACUUUUAUUUUUAGCCCAUGAGUUUUCAGUGCCCUGUACAAUUUUCAUUGGCCUCUAUACAAUUAUUAAAUUAGAUUUCUAUAAGCCUUAAAAAAAUCAGUGUUCAGGGAAAAAUUGUAAAUACUGAUGUCUUUAACUUGGACUCAUUAUCCUACUCCCGGCUGCAGGUUUUUUGUUUUUUUUUAGCUUCUUGGGUCACAAAAAUAGUGUGAUUUAGCAUAUCUGCAGAAAGAAGAAUAUGGAAAUCUGAAGAGUGAGAAAUUAGCAGCUGGUCCCUUGAUGCAAUGUCAUGAUUGACACAGGAGAAAAGAAAAAUGUUAUAUGGCAGGGGUGGCCUCCAACUAUACUCUAGCAGAAGAGCUGGCUUCUGUUGCCAGCUCUGCAACUGAUGUGGGCAAGUAACUGCCCCUCGCUAGGCCCCCAGCAGUGCUGCGACACGCUGUGUGGGCACAGCCUGGGGGCAGAGCCAGAGCUAUCUGUUCAGUAUCUCUGCCUUAAAGGCUUCUGGUAGUUGAGCAGCCACUGAAAAUUACGACUCUUUAAUGCGCCUCAAGCUGGACACCCAACCUCACUACCCACUGUUGAAGAUCUUGCCCACAAGCUGGAGCUCCCCGAACCCCACCCCUGUGCGAGGCGCUGUGCAAAUGGAGCCAAGAGUCCCUGCCCCAGGGGCCAUUUAAAAGCACCUGGGGGGUUGGCCCAUGUUCUACCUAUUGAGUAUUUAUUUCAGCCUUAAAGGCUUCAGGACGCCCAGCUGCGUCCUAGGGUUACCAGCUUUGGUUGGAUGUAUUCCUGGAGGUUUCAUCACAUGACAUAAUCUUUAAUUCCUGGAGCAAUCCUGGAGGGCUGGCAACCCUACUGCGUCCAUGCAGCACCACAAGCCCAGGAAAGCAGUAGACAUAUUAUAAUCCCAUCCCCUUGUCUCCCUUUCAGCCUUUGCUCCCACAGGGGUAGUCACGGAGCUUGGUUCCCACCGCCAAUGUACUGCGGGGGUGUGAAGGCUGAGCCAUAGGAAUUUUUCUUUCACCGAAAAGCCAACACCCAAUUUCAGCAGAAAGCAAGUGUGCUGCAGCUGAGAGUAACCAUAGCCCACAGUUUUGAAAAGUGACUAGUUAUUGUGGAUGCCAACUUGAGACAGUUUCAAGUAGAGGUAGUCAAGUAUUUUGGUCAAGGUCCAGCCUCCAGAGAAAAUAAUGAUGGCAAAUAAAAGGAUGUAAGGUCCACUUAAAAGCCUCUGGCAGGCUGGACUGGGCCCACAGGCUACCUGUUCAGUAUCUCUGCCUUAAAGGCUUAUGGUAGUUGAGCAGCCACUGAAAAUUAUGACUCUGUAAUGCCUCUCAAGCUGGACACCCAACCUCACCACUCACAAUGAUUUAAGUACAAAUUAAGCAGACUCCCUCUCUCCCACCAAAUACAGCUCUGAAAGCAUAUAAUUGCAGAAGUGGCAACUACCAAAUAUCAGGCUGUUUAAAAUAGUGAUUAGUGUUUACGUUUCGGUGCUCAAAUGGCUAGUGUCUCCCCAUUGUAGAACAUAAGAACAGCUGUUCCGGGUCAGACCAAAGGUCCAUC